AUGUUGACCCUCUAUGACUAUUCGUUAUCAGGUAAUUGUUACAAGGUUCGACUUUUACUUUCGAUGCUUCGCGUCCCUUAUGUUCGAGUUGAUGUGGAUAUCAAAAAGGGCGAGUCACGCACCGAUGAAUUUUUAAAUAAUGUAUCAUUAAAUGGAAAAGUUCCGACUAUGGUUAUUCCCUAUGGAUAUGAACAUCUAAAAAAGAAAACACCUAAUGAUGCGAGCAUAGACUUGAAUGCUACUAAUAAUAGCAGCAACAUUUAUACCGAAAGUAAAAAUGGUGAUGAUGAUGAUGAUAAUAACCAAAGCACAAUAUUAUCAGAAUCAAAUGCAAUUUUAAUCUACCUCUCACAAAACACUUCAUUACUUCCAUCGAAUCCCAUCGAACACGCACAAGUAAUGCAAUGGCUUUUCUGGGAACAGUACUCGCACGAACCAAAUAUAGCGACAUUACGUUGGUGGAUCUCGUACCUUGAUAAAUCACAGGAACCCGAAUAUCUGGAUCGGAUUGUUGAGAAACAACGUAAUGGAUAUGAGGCUUUGAACUUGAUGGAGAAACAUCUGGAAUCGCGGAAAUUUCUUGUGACUGAUCGGUUUACGAUUGCUGAUGUGGCAUUGUAUGCUUAUACUCAUUGUGCGGAAGAAGGCAAUUUCCCAAAGAUCAAAGCAUGGUUAAAAAGAGUGGAAGAACAACCAGGUUAUAUUCCAAUCAAUGAUUGA